AAUCAUCUUCUGUGAUCUUUGGCGGUACUGUAAGCUUAAGCCACGGUCUGGAGGAUAGCGUUUGCAGAGAAUCGAUGCUCGAAUCACGUGAACAAUCGGUUUCGGAACUGUGGCGUUGGCCCAUGGUUAUCAUGCUUGCAAAUUGUUGUUGGUUCUUCCCAACGCAAUUUCUUCCAACUUUUCAAAAGCUGGAAUUCUUGAAAUUCCUUGCUUAGAAUUUGAUUGAAUCAGUGCAGCUCUCAAACUUACGUUCUCAGUUCGAUACGCUUGAGAACUUUUCAGACGUGGCAAUAAUGUGAAGCUCGAUCUGAAGCUCUGAUCUAAUGCUGAUCGAUCGUCAACUGAUUGGUUCUAUGAGGGAGUCGGUAGCACUUACAUAUGUCAUCUGAAGGUUCCUCUCAUUAAUUGUCAUUACUGCUUUACUCUGUUACUCGGUCACAGUCGUCUUUUUGUCUUCUCUUCGCUGGUAAUAAGAAGAGCCUGCGAGGUACCCACACAACAUAUGAAACACGAGUCUUAGUAGGCGAGUGUGCUAGUUGCGGCACUUCUGAUUUGUUCUUAUCGACAACAGACAUCUAGAUCUCUCGCUGUGUUUUCGUUCUGUUUCUAUAUAUAAAGUUUUUCAUGUCUUCUUCGAGCUUGUCCAGAUGAGGAAAAUUUUCCGAAUGCUUCGAUCUAAACACCUGUCCAAGCACUCUAUGCAACUUUAAAUCACUGACCAUUGUUCAAAUGACCUUGUCAAAAUAUACUUGGGAUGAUUGCUUCAGUCGAUGAUCGACAACAUAGUCUCAUCCAAUAAGUCCAUCCUCACAUAUUUUCCUGAUUGAGCAACGGCGUAGCCUGGCUGAUAUAUAACUUAGGUUAUCACCUCGGGGGUGUCCAAUUAAUUCAAUUCAUUUAUGCCAAACGAGAAAUCUCGUUUGUACUUUUACUGUUUGCUAUUGUUCACGAUAGCUUAUUGGCAUGACCUCGAGAUCUGACCAACGUAAACCUUACUUGGUAGCCAUGCUGCGGCUUUCUCGUACCUUCAUGCGAGAACAUCUGGAAUUCCACAAGGGAUUCCAUUCAGAUGCCUAAUUCCAUAUACUCUGGAACGUCAAUAUGCACUGCAAAUUUGGGUCUUGAUCUGAAAGUUUGUUUUCGCGGGGAAACAAUUAGGAGGAUGGGGCUGGAUGGCAUAAUUAGUUGCGCUCAGACCUUUGCAAUGUUGAUCGUCUCAAGCCAUAUUCGUCUCCUAAUUGUCUCACAUGAACAAUAAUUACAUAAGGUUUCCUCCAGCAGAGCAGCCUUAUGAUUUUCUUGGAAUAUUCUACGUGUUUCAUGGAUGGUUUGGCAUAUGAAUUUGAUUUUAUUUCACCCUCUUAGUAGAACCACCCUAAAUUAUUGGCAAAGAUUGGCAUUACAUCUAAGUACAAUUCAAUCCCCAUACCUAUUGAUCUUAUCGUAAUAUUGUCUCAUUCUCUAUCUAUCAUGACUGCUUGCUAAUUCGCUUUAAUUGGCAUCCGCAUCACGACGAAAUAAUACUUCUUCGUCUCCUGAUAAUACGCCUUCCUCAUGGAGUCGACAAGUAACCUUGAAGAUGUUUCCAUAGCAUCCCGAAUACUUCUGAUAUGUUGGCCUCUGUACGGGAUAUCUGGAAUCUUAAUAAUGCUGAGAUUAAUCGCUAAAGCCAAAUACCAUCUCGCAUUUGCUCUGGAGGAUCUUUUAGUUAUACUUGCUAUGAUUUCUGGCAUUUGCCACAUAUCACUCAAUUCUUGGGGUAUAACCUUUGGAUUAGGAAGACACAUUGUGUUUCUUACCGAGACCCAAGCCGCGAUGGCUAUAAGAGCUGAAUUCAUCGGAGAGCCUUUCGGUAUCAUAUCACCAACACUCGGCAGAAUAUCCUUCGCCGUUUACCUCCUACGAAUACUUGGACAUCAGCAAAAUAUAAGACGGUUUCUUUACUUUCUCAUUGCCCAAAAUGCCAUUAUAAAUUUAAUGGCACUCAUCCAAAUAUUCUUCGAGUGUUCCAAUAUUUCUUACAAUUGGGAUCGUGUUGGACAUGAAGACCAAUGUUGGACCAUGGGAACACAAGCAGCUAUUGGCUAUUUCCAAGGAUCAUCCAGUUCCUUAACCGAUCUCGCUCUCACAAUUUUACCGGUUGCAAUGGUUAUCAAUCUUCAUAUUCCUUUGCAUUUGAAGUUUCUUUUAUCAUUUCUAUUGGGAGUCAGCCUUUUUGCUUUCAUUGCGGCCGUCAUCAGGACCUACUGCACAAUGGGGAAUAACGAUGAUAUUACCUUCACUUCGGUUACCUAUAUAGUAUGGUGCGCAGUAGAAAACUGCACUGUCAUUAUAACCUCCUCAAUACCAUUUCUCCGACCUCUCUUCCGGACAGCUCCCAAACCAUACAUCGAAGUAAAAAAUAGUCCGGCCCCAAAAAUUAUGAACCACAAUGAAAUCGAGUAUAGAAGUUCGAGAGAAAUACUCGUUGAUCCUGAAGCCAACCGGGAGAAAUUAGAUUACAUGGGAGAUAAAAAAGAUGAUGUCAAGAUCGAUGCUCAUUCGCUUGUGUAGCUUGGAUAGAAAAUUGGCGUAUAGAAUAGAGGCUUUGGGAUACAUGAUUAAAUGAUUUAUGAUUUGUAUAUUAUUG